AUGACCGCCUUCGGCGGGGUAGCCGGAGGCCCGCCGAACAUCACCGCCAAUCUCCGGCGCUACCACUGCAAACUCUGCACCGCGGUAAGUACCAUCGCAAACUAUACGGCAGCAGCACAGCACCUUUGCGGCUUGUACAAUGCAGGAGCGGUCGGUCGUCGGAUUGUCACUGCUCAGCAGAAGGUCUCUUCAUUCCGCUAA